AUCAGUACAUCCACUACGAAACUAUCCCUUCUAGCUUCAUCUAGGUGGGUAAUGGUUUCUAUAACCCAGUCACGUGAAAUAUAUGUCACGUGCUCGCUAGGUUUCCAAUUUGGGCGGAUGACUAUUGGUUUAGAUAUUCAGCUUCCAUUAUAGAGCAUCGGAAUUGACGUCGUGAAGGUCGCCAGUCUAUCAUCUUACCGCUUGAACUAUUGCCAGGAGCCAAUGGCAUCGAAUUCUGAUUGAAUUCCGUCUGUCAACAUACUCCAUACUCGGACAGCGCCUUGACGACACAAACAUCACUAGACACCACAUUUAUACUGGACGGAUGUAUGCGUCUUCACUACAAACCUCAUUUAUAUACCAUUAUAGCCGGAACUGAGAUUAUUCCGGCGACACGUUGGAGUUGCCCAUUGGGAACUGCUGACGGCACCAAUUAGCGGAGGCGCAAAGAGAAAGCACAUCCAGCAAGGCUCCAGCCGACCUGCGGCGCAAACACAAUGACAACAACCGACCCCAGCGAAGCCGCAGACAAUGCGAGCGCCCCCAAUGGCACCCCCUCCACGAAAAAUUCAAGCGGCCCGUCGCCCUUCGUCUCCCAGCCCUUCUCCGCCGCCACGGAAAUGAUCCUCAAGCGCCUCCGAGGAGAGGGCGGCCCUCUCAAUCCCACCUCCGUCUUGGGCGUCGCCUCCCAACACCAAGCAGCGGCAUACGAAGACGUGCGGCGCACUGUGCUGGAGGGAAUGAAAACAUCACAUAAUAUGGAGUUUGCGGCCCCUACACCUACGCCUCGCCGACCCCCCAAGGCGCCCCGCACCGGCAGCGCGUCGAAGGGGUCAGCGAGCGGGACACCCGUAGGGAAGAAGGGCGGUGCGAAGAGCCGGAAGCGGAAGAGGGUUAAGGACGAAAGUGAGGAAAGCGCGGGGGAGAGCGAAGAAAUGAGUGACUUGGGGGACGAGGACGAGAGCGACGACUCGGCGUCGGUGACGGCCUUUCCGAGCAUGACACAGAGUGGGCGCAAGGUCGUCAAACCUACACAGUUUGUGCCCGAGGUUUCGGCGGCGCCCCCGAGGAAACGAAACGCGCCAAAUCGACGGCCAGGGCCAGGGCGGAAUGUGGAGAAUGCGCUUUGUAAGAGGUGCGGACGCGGGCACAGCCCGGCAAAUAAUAUGAUAGUUUUCUGCGAUGGGUGCAAUAUUGGGUGGCAUCAAAUGUGCCAUGACCCUGUUAUAACAGAGGACGUGGUAAAGGACGAAACUACGGAAUGGUUCUGUGUUGAUUGCACAGCGAAACGAGACAAGAGGAAGGGCGAGAGGGCAAAAACCAGUACGCCGAAAAAUAAUGAGGAUACACCCUGGGCUGGGAAGAGUGCGACUGAGAAACGCGCAUAUCUCACAUCUUUCCCACACAGCCACCUCGUGGAUCUCCUCCUCCAAGCCACGACUCUCCACCCCUCAAUUCCUAUUACCCCUCCUUCCACAACCAUCCCAUCAAACGCGAUACGCCGCGUAAAAGUGCACCCUCAACAGCCCUUCCCGCCCUCCGCCACCGCCGCAUCUGGCCUCUUCCCUCGCGCCUCUGCUAACCCAGCAGCCCCUAUAAACUUCAUCCGCAAACUACCCCUGGACGAGACAUCUGCCGCCUCCAGCACUCCUUCACCCGCAGUAACUGUCCCCGCGUUGCCGCAGGCCUACACAGAUGCGGACGCCGAAGGCGAGGAGGAUGAUGCAAUGAGUCGCGAGAGCACUCCGGCGAGCCCGCCAUAUCCGAGACCUGGAAAUGGACUCAUGGCGCGCUUGAAGAGUGAUGUGGAUGAUUUGGAGUGGCUUGUGGGUGGGGGAGGUGGGGAAGAGGAGGGCGCCUUUAGCCAUGUUGUUUUUGAUGGGGAGGAGGCGGAAACGGAAGCUUAA